ACACAUAAAAACGCCAGAGGAAAAGCUUUUCCAUUAUAUUUUGGGUAGGAAGAUAAAAAGGAAAACUGUAAAACCAAUACAUUCAGAGAGAGAAAAAGGGAAUUGAUUUCUCUAUUGACUCGCUCCAAUUCACUGAGUCACGAACAUUACAGAAACAUCAUUUUUCAAGGCUGGUUUCGAGUUUCAAUUACGAUUCAGAGUUGAUUGAAGUUAGUUGUUUUUUUUUUGUUUUUUAAAUUUUAAUUGAUGAUGAAGAAUAAAAGGUCAAAAACGAGCGUGGACAAGGCGGUGGUUGAUGUUUGGCAACGGGAAGUCGGGGAACUCUCGACUAGGAGCUUCGCCCACCGGCUCGCUGCUUCGGAGGAUCUUGUGCUCCGACUUGAAAUCUACAAGAAACUUGAAAAGCACAGAGGUUGUGUAAACACAGUGAGCUUUAAUGCUGAUGGUAACAUUUUAGUCUCUGGCUCUGAUGACAAGCUGGUUGUACUCUGGGAUUGGGAAACUGGGCAUGCCAAGCUUUCUUUCCAGUCAGGGCAUGUCAACAAUGUUUUCCAAGCAAAAAUCAUGCCUUACACAGAUGAUCGCAGCUUGGUUACUUGUGCUGCAGAUGGGCAGGUUCGACAUGCUCAAAUUUUGGAACGUGGGGUCAAAACUAGGUUGUUGGCCAAACAUCAGGGACGAGCUCAUAAAUUGGCCAUUGAACCAGGAAGCCCUCAUAUAUUUUACACUUGCGGUGAAGAUGGAUUAGUGCAGCAUAUUGAUCUUAGAACUGCAGCCGCUACAGAACUUUUCACAUGCCUUCCAAUUGAUGAUACAAGGCCAGUUAUCCAUCUCAAUGCCAUUGCAAUUGAUCCAAGGAACCCAAAUCUCUUUGCAGUUGCAGGGUCGGAUGAGUAUGCUCGCCUUUAUGAUAUUCGCAAGUAUAAGUGGGAUGGCUCAACUGAAUUUGGUCAACCUACAGAUUACUUUUGCCCUGCUCAUUUGAUUGGUGAUGAGCAUGUUGGAAUAACAGGCUUGGCCUUUUCAGAUCAGAGUGAGCUUCUCGUCUCCUACAAUGAUGAAUUCAUCUAUCUCUUUACACAGGAUAUGGGACUGGGCCCCAAUCCAGUCCCAUCAUCUCCUUUGUCUGCAUGUAGUGAAGCAAGUGAAAUGGAACUUGAUCACUCAGCUGCAUCAGCAUCAGCUAUGGAAGCUGGUGAAAAAGCUAGUCCCCUAGUUUACAAAGGACACAGAAAUUGUGAGACGGUGAAGGGUGUGAGCUUCUUUGGACCUAAAUCUGAGUAUGUGGUUAGUGGAUCUGACUGUGGCCGAAUAUUUAUUUGGAAGAAGAAAAGUGGAGAGCUCAUUCGUGUUAUGGAAGCUGAUAAGCAUGUAGUCAACUGUAUCGAGCCUCAUCCUCAUACCACAGUUCUUGCUAGCAGUGGAAUUGAGAAGGACAUCAAGAUAUGGACUCCAAAGGCUAUUGAUAAAGCUACUCUUCCAACAAACAUUGAACAGGUUCCAAAACCAGCCCUCUUUCGUUGGUUGUCCUUUGCUGCAUUCGACGAGGAUGAUGAUGAUAAUAAUUUUAUUGGUAUUGAUGAUGACGAUGAGGACGAUGAUGAGGAAGAUGACAGUGAUGAUGAUUACGAUGAUGUUUAUGAUGAAAUUGAUGAUGAGGAAGACGAUGACAAUGACGAUGACAAUGAUGAUGACGAUGACGAUGAUGGCGAUGAAGAUGUUGACGGUGGUGACGAUAGUGAUUGCAGCGAUGAUGUUCAAACCAAAACCUAGGGGCUGGAUGUAUCGAGUGACUACGCCGCAGGACCUGAUGUUGCACUUAUUUUCACUGCAAAGGUGGGGGAGUAGCCCAGAGCGGAAUGGAGAAAACUCAUCAGCAGCGGGCGGGGAACUUCUAGAUCUUAUGUUGACAUUCAAUGCCAAUAGUGAUGCUUCUUCAGAUGGAGGG